UACCUCUGAUAUUUUGUGGCGUGAAGUCGUUCGAAGGAAGACACGGUUUCCUAACCUAAGUAAUGCGUUAAGAAAAGAGAAAAUGAAAUAAAAUUAAUUAUAUGAAUGUAGUGUUACAGUAUGUGACAUUUGGUAUAUGUUUUUGUUGUCAGUCUAAGAGGUUACGGUUAUUUUUGAGUGUAAAUACAGAUAGUAAAGGAUGUUACGUCUUCUUUCAAGGAUAACAAAUUCACAGCAGCUUCCUUCAUGUCAGUUCUAUAAAUUGUCACCAGUACUGUUUUGCAGUUCAAGACAUGAAGGCUCGUCAGAUAAUGGCUCUGAAGGCACAGUAAAGCCAAAAAAAAAUGAAGAAGCAAUCAAGAAAUUGAAUUUAUUGCUAAAAUCAAUGACAGAGGAGGAACAUGUGAUAUCAUCUUCUGGAAUUGGUUCACAGCUGGCCAGGCCACCGGUUAAGCGCAAAAAGGAGCAGAUUAAAAUUGGAGACUCCCUUACCGUUGCAGCAAAAGAAGUUGCCGAAGUUUUAGGAGGAGAUGUUAAACAGACAGAGUCAGAGCUGUUGAAUAAACUUCUGUCACCAUCACAGGCUGUCAACGAAAGCGAGAGUGAAACGCAGGCACCACCGAUGAACUUAAGAGAUCUAAUAUCAGGAAUGAGAAUUGAUCGGCGAAAGAGGUCCGAGCAUGUGAGCGAGGAGGGGCGAGCGAAGCAAGUGCGUAGGAUCCUUGACGGUCGUAAGGUAGCCACCGUACGAGAACGUGAUCUGUCUGUCGGAGAAGUUGUUAAAGGGCAGCAAGGUCCAAAAAUAUAUACUGAUAAAAUAAAUAUUUUUGGUGGUGAACCUCUUGGUAUCUUCAAGUCACCCGAAUUGCAAGCAGGUAAAGUCUCAGAUUUUCCAUCAGAGGUCACCACGUGGCAGCGUCUCGAAGCCCGUGAACUUCGUCUGGCCGUGACGCAUCCGCCAUCUAAUAUAUUUGAGGAAAUGAUUCGGUGGACCGAACAAGGGAAGCUGUGGCACUUACCAGUUAACAAUGAACAGGGUCAAGUUGAGGAAUCAAAAGUGUAUUUCACGGAACAUGUGUUCCUGGAGCACCACUUGGAUCCGUGGUGUCCGCAGAAAGGACCUGUCCGUCACUUUAUGGAAUUGGUCUGUGUCGGGCUGUCUAAGAAUCCUUACAUUACUGUGCAGAUGAAACUUGAGCACAUCACCUGGUUUCGCGAUUACUUUGAGAAGAAGAGGCAAAUUCUGCAGGAUACAGGAUCCAUCCCCGCUGUUUCAGACAAACAGGCGCCGUAGCUUUGCUACCUUAAAUACCCACUGGAAGUUUUUAACUUUGUCGUAAUUUGUACCUAAGAAGGUAUAAAAUACAGUUUGCAAUACGUCGCAAGUAAAAUAUAUAGAAAAUUAAUACAAUUUA